AUGUCAGCUGAUGUGUGGCAUUUUUUCUUGAAGGAGGUCGACAAUGCGGAUACUAAAGAAAAUGGCUUCCCUCCAUCUGUAUCGGCUUGGGAGUGGCAGUGGCUACGCCAAGUCGUUGCUCUUCCCGGGAACCAUUUGGAUCUGAGUGAUCCUUUUACACCGGCUAUUCAAUUCAGUUUGGAAUGCGAAGAAUAUUGGAUGGCCUUGCGCCCCGGACCAGACUUCCCGACACAACCGCCGCAAGUAAAUUGUGCCUACCAACAAGGUUUUUCGUUCGAAUGGUCUGUUAACGAAGGGCAGAAUCCAGGGGUAUGCACAACUCUCGCUGAUCUCGUGCAGUGCUACUAUGACUACUGUUCCGCAUUCGAUUUGGCAAUAUUGCAAAUAAAGAUGCUGAAUAAUGACAGGAUGAUGCUCUUAGGUUACUCAUUUCACGAGGAGGACCACGAAUGCCUUGUUGUUCAGAUUCGUGUCAUGCAGGUUCCAGAGGAAACAGUUGUAGUUCACGUCGAUUGGCGAAAUCCAACAGAUUUUCCGCGCUUCAUUUCAUGCUCUGAAGAGCAGAGAUUCCGUAAUUUGAACUGCGAUGAAUGGGACGCGGAUGACAGUUUGUGUAACAAUCUCGCGAAGUUUUUCAUGGAAGGAGCUUGUGAAGGUGAGAUUGAUUUUGAAAGAAUGUUCUGUGUUUUUCACAGCGGCAAUCCUAGUCCCUUGUCUUCGCUUAGUUUCUCAACAAAGGAAUAA